UCCCGCUUCGUGGUACUCGGUAUAAGCAGCCUCAAUUUCACGUGGAUGAAGGAGGGCGAGGGCUGCCGAUGGGUAGGCCGAGACGGGAGCACAGUGACCGGUUCAGUGCGGUACAGGGACUUCAUGCGGCCCAAGACUCGGACUGACUCGCUAGCAGCGUUCUGCCAGCUGGCAGGCAACACCUCCCGGGCGGGCGGCUAUCUGGCGAUGAUCAUGGAUGACCCGCUGUACGGCACGCUCGACCCUGGAGUGGUGUGGGUGUGGGCGGAGUACCACCGCGUGCGGGCGGGAGUUGAGCGCUUCCUCUUCUACAACAUGGCCGCGUGGACGCCACAGCUCACCGCGCUCUUCCUGCCAUACUUCGCAGCGGGCGUUGCUGCUCUCACGGACAUGGCGGGCGGCCUUGAAGCCUCCGAAGCCCUGACGAGGGGCUUCGAGGUGGCCGCAGUCAGGAGGAGAGGGUUUGAGGUGAUCUCGCGGGUGGUGUUUCGGCGGCCGGACGUGUGGUGCGUGCGGGACGGGGCCCAAGAGGAGAUUGAGUCGGACGUGUGUGAGGACUGGCGGGGCCACCGCAAGCUGAUUGUCAACCCCAGGAAGACGUCGGUGAUGUCCGUGCACGCGGCGCGCGAGCCUCAAAAAGGAGGCGUGGUGCUGAACGCAGGGACUGAGUUGCGGCACUUCCACCUAGCGGGCGUGGUCAACCCAGUCAACGUGCUCUGCCACACCCUCGUGCCGCCCGGGGAAUCUCACAUGUGGUUCGUACGCGACACCACCAUUGCCGACCAGCUGCCACUGCUGGCUAACGCCUCUGCCCCCCAACCACAACCACUGCUUUAAGGAGCAACUACUUCCGGCCAGCUGCCACUACUGCCUAACGCCUCUGCCCCCAAACCGUUGCUUUGAGGAGCAUGAAGACGCUUUAGAGAAGGAGCCCCUCAACUGAUUUGUGAGGGACAUUAGCCACCACUGCAAUUGCUUUCCAUCUGCCACUACUGGCUAACGCCUCUGCUGCUGCUCGGCCCAAGUAACCAGAAGGCGCAUUGUCAUACCGUACAUACACACUCUAGAGAACACCACACGUGCUUUGUGAGGGACUUGGUUGGGUAAUGCCAUCGCCAACCAGCUACUGAUACUACUGUACUAGCUAAUGCCUCUGCUGCCACUCAGCCUGAACCUUUCCUCAG